AUGCUGUCUCACGCCGACCUCCUGGACGCCCGUCUCGAGAAGCGGAGGCAGGAGAGGGGCAAGAUCGGCCAGACUGACCGACGUCCCCGCGCAUCUCUCGGGGAGCUGCAGCCGAGUGACUGCCGCUCCUUUGCUUCCGCAGGGAUGAAAGACGCGGCCGAGCUGCUGGGACAUCGGGAGGCGGUGAAGUGUCGGCUGGGCGUAGGGGGCUCGGAUCCGGGGGGCCACCCGGGAGACAUGGCACCCAACUCGGACACGGUGGAAGGGACCACCCUGCUGCCCGGGGAGGACAUCACCACGGUGGGAUCCAACCCCAGCUCCCUAGCCGUCAGCGCCAAAGACCCUGACAAGCAGCAAGGCCAGCAGGGCGGCCAGAACUCCAGCCAGGCCGGGCAGCAGCAGGGUCAGCAGAAACAGAAGCGGCACCGCACUCGCUUCACGCCGGCGCAGCUCAACGAGCUGGAGAGGAGCUUCGCCAAGACUCACUACCCGGACAUCUUCAUGCGGGAGGAGCUGGCCCUGCGCAUCGGUCUCACCGAGUCCCGGGUGCAGGUCUGGUUCCAGAACCGCCGCGCCAAGUGGAAGAAGCGCAAGAAGACCACGAACGUGUUCCGCGCCCCGGGCACGCUGCUGCCGACGCCGGGGCUGCCGCAGUUCCCCUCGGCCGCCGCCGCCGCCGCCGCCGCCAUGGGGGACAGCCUGUGCUCCUUCCACGCCAACGACACGCGCUGGGCCGCCGCCGCCAUGCCCGGCGUGUCGCAGCUGCCGCUGCCGCCGGCGCUGGGACGGCAGCAAGCCAUGGCGCAGUCCCUGUCCCAGUGCAGCCUGGCGGCCGGCCCGCCGCCCAACUCCAUGGGCCUCUCCAACAGCCUGGCGGGCUCCAACGGCGCCGGGCUGCAGUCCCACCUCUACCAGCCCGCCUUCCCCGGCAUGGUGCCCGCCUCCCUGCCCGGCCCCAGCAACGUGACGGGCUCGCCCCAGCUCUGCAGCUCCCCGGACAGCAGCGACGUGUGGCGGGGAACCAGCAUCGCCUCCCUCCGCCGCAAAGCACUAGAGCACACAGUCUCCAUGAGUUUCACCUAAUGGCCGGCGCCUCGCCCCGCGCCGCCCCCGCCGCCGCCGCCUCGCCCCGCGUCCCCGCCUCGCCCCGCGCCCCCGCCUUCCCCCACCCGACUUACCAGGGAGUCGACUCAGGAUCUGAAAUCAGACACCAACAGACUGGUUUGUGGGCCGAGAAACACCCCCGAUCCUCCCCAAGCCCCCUCCGCCCCCGCGCAUCACCCGCUCGCCCCUUUGCCCCGAGGUCUGCCCCGCCCGGCGGCGGGAGGACUCGCGGCCGCCCCGAGCCCGGCUCUGCCUCCCUCCGUCGCCACGACCCGGCUCUCCCGCCGUCCGCCCGCCCGGCUUUGGCUUUGCAAAGAAAUACAUUUUUUUUUUUUUUCUUUCUGUUUUCAUAAUUUUUACGGUUUAUGUAGGAGCGGCGACCUGCCGCCGGCUCCUUCCGCUGUGAGGGCGCCGUCGGGGGGCGGCCGGGCGGGUUCGCGAUAAGGCACGGAGACCCCAGCGAGAAUCAAAUCCAUUUUGAUUAAGCAUUGAUGAGCGACAGCGAAUGUGAUGGGG